UGGAGACGAACAAGUGUUCUUCGGAUCUGCCAUCAAUUGAGGCAUCCAUCUGUCAACUUACAUACACGACAUUUAUUAUUAUUAUUAUUAUUAUACAACUGCUAGCUAUGCCAGUGCAAAGCAAGUGUUCUGUUUCGUCGCUCCUCAUUCAUUUCUCCAAAAAGUAAACAAAAAUUCCCUCUUCAUCUCUCUCUAAUGGCGCACUCCUCCCUUGGAUUAACACCCACCACGGAUCUCUCCAGACUCUCAACGCCAUCCAAGGUUUUCAAAUCCCCCAUGAAAUUAGUCGCAUUCGAGCAGAACCCAUCCGGAUCUUUCAAUAAGUCAAAGAAGGAGAAUAUAAGUAAUUUGAGAUUGAAAUCCUCCAAAGACUCCUCAGGCAUGUUUCAGAAAGUGUCACCAAGUACACAGACGAACACAGUGGAAACUAAAAAGGAAUCUGACGUCUUCAAUGAAAUGAAACAUAACUUCUUGACUUUCAAAAAGGACAAGUACUUAGAAAAUUCAGAAAUCUAUAGUAAACUUGCCAAAGGCCAGGAACCAAAGUUCAUGGUGAUUGCUUGUGGAGACUCUAGGGUUUGUCCAUCAAACAUCUUAGGAUUUCAACCUGGAGAUGCCUUUGUAAUUCGUAAUGUGGCAAAUUUGGUGCCCCCAUCUGAGAAUGGUCCAACUGAAACAAAUGCUGCACUUGAGUUUGCUGUCAAUGCCUUGGAAGUUGAGAAUAUUCUUGUGGUUGGUCAUAGUUGCUGUGGAGGCAUUCGUGCUCUUAUGAGUAUGCAAGACGAAGAGGAACCAAGCGGAUUUACCAAGAACUGGGUGGUGUUAGGAAAAGAUGCCAAAAUAAGGACCAAGGCUGUUGCCUCCAACCUAGACUUUGAUGAGCAGUGUCAACACUGUGAAAAGGAAUCAGUGAACCGUUCAUUGUUGAACUUGCUGACAUAUUCAUGGAUAGAAGAGAAGGUGAUAAGAGGAAAACUGUCAAUCCAUGGUGGUUAUUAUGAUUUCGUGAAUUGUUCAUUUGAGAAAUGGACACUUGACUAUCAGGGCAGCAGCUUCAGAGAGCCGAAAGGUAAAUACUCUUUCAAGAAUCAAGAAUUAUGGUCUUGAAUCCACAACAGUCAGUAGUACCAUACCCUUCCUAUGCAUAAUACCUGUUGUUUAAUUAAGGGAGACAAACUUCCAUUUCCCUCAAUUAUCUGCUGUUAUAGUGUCUUGAUUUCAUAUGUAUCAGUAAUAUUGGUUGUGUUUGUUCUUCCAAAGUUGUGACUCCUCACUGAAUUGACUAUUUGUAUUAUUAUGUUUUUUAUGAGAAUUGCUGAUGGUUUAUAACCAUGGUUAUGGAUUGUUUGUACUGUCAAAUGUAGAAUUAUUAUUAAAGUAGUAUUUUUUUUAUUAUUAAUAAUUGUUGUUUUAAGAGUUGGUUUGUGAGGUGUAGAAAUGAAUAGAUGGUAAGUUGAAGCAGAAUACAGAUAGGUAGCUGAACAAACAGAUAAACAAAAAUGUUAUCCUUCUUGAUUUUCCACCCAGUAGAUGAGCCUAUCCUAUCCUUCCAUUUUUUCCCCCACACAUUUGUUUCCUAUAUAAACAAACACAUUGCACCAUCCCUCCCUACAAGCAAUCAGCUUAUCUUUUCUCAACUGAUGGGCUCAUCAUUAUCAUCAUCAUCUCUAGUUAUGUUCCUAUUGUUCUUCUUCACUAUUAUGAUGGUACAACUAGGCGAUUCUCGUCAGCUCUUGGCAGAAACAACCUUACCAGAAUUGCCACUACCAACCGUCCCGGGUCUACCAAAGCCCGAGCUCCCCUCAUUGCCGAUCCCAAUGCCCACUGUCCCGGGAUUGCCAAAGCCCGAGCUUCCUUCACUGCCUAUCCCAACAACUCCAGAAUUGCCAAAGCCUGAGCUCCCUACUCUACCAAUCCCAACUGUCCCAACACUGCCAAAGCCCGAGCUCCCCCCACUGCCAGUGCCACUUCCCAUUGUGCCCACACUGCCAAAACCCGAGCUUCCCACGUUACCCGUCAUUCCAAACCCGCCAAAAGAGCAUAUUCCUUGAAUGGUUUAGUUGGUUGUUUGGAGCUCAUCAUUAUGAUAUAUAUAUUAUUACUAGCUACUUCUGAAGUCAAUGUAAUUUUUCUUCUACUAUGUUUAUGUACUACUCUUCUAUUAAUCUUAUCGUAUCAUGAUGCAUUUUAAUCUAUUAUCACUAUUGUUAUA